AUGGCGACCACUAACGACGUCUACUAUGCUAGCCAGGCGCUCUGUAGUGCCGAAGAAAGAUACCCACCUAUGGAGAAACUUGCCUUUGCAUUAGUCACGGCGGCUCGCAAGCUCAAGCCAUACUUUCAAACCCAUACGGUGAACGUCAUGACGGACAAGCCCUUGCGACGGGCGUUGAUCAAUCCUGAAGCUGCGGGUCGACUGACGUUGUGGACUAUAGAGUUGAGCGAGUUUGAUAUCAAGUACUGCCUACGGACCGCCAUUAAAGGACAGAUCGUAGCUGACUUUAUAGCAAAAUUUACUCAUGAGGAAGACAAGGGGGCAGAAGAGUCCCCUCAGUGGAGCAUAUAUACUGACGGAUCAUCCAAUAGACGAGCUGGGGGGGCUGGCAUCGUACUGCUGUCACUCGAAGGAAAUAGGGUUAAAUGUAUGGUCCGUCUUAACUUCCCCAUCGCCAACAAUGAAGUGGAAUAUGAAGCAUUAGUAGCAGGCCUCGACCUCGCCAAAGCUGCAGGAGCUACGAGAGUAGUCAUUUACUGCGACUCUCAGGUCGUAGCCAGUCAAGUAAACGAAGACUAUGAAUGCAAGGGUGAAAGGAUGAAGAGAUACCUUGAUCAAGUGAGGGCAAGAGUUGACGACCUAGAAGCCAAAAUCAUCCAAAUUCCUAGUGGAGAAAAUGAGCACGCCGACCGUCUAGCCAAGACCGCUUCAGCCGAGCAUAUGAUAACCCCUGGUAAUGUACUCUCUUUUGUUCAGAUUUCUCCACUAAUAGAUUCCGGCAACAUGCAGGAGAUUGGCUCCGAAAGCAUCUGGACCACACUGUUAGUUUCAUACUUAAAAAACGGGGUCUUACUAGACGAGGAGGCAGCAAGAAAACUAAAGGUCCAGGCGGCAAGGUUCGUCUUGAUAAAAGACGUCCUGUACAAAAGAGGCUUCUCCCGUCCAUAUCUGAGAUGCUUGGGUGCCGAAGAAGCAGACUACAUCAUGAGGGAGGUACACGAAGGAAUCUGCGGAAACCAUUCAGGGUUGAGGUCGUUGGUACACAAUCUGGUGCGAACUGGGUAUUACUGGCCAACCAUGCAAAAGGAUGCCGAGGCUUAUGUUAAAAGCUGCGACAAAUGCCAAAAAUUCAGUAAUAUUAUCAGGCAACCAGCCGAAGAACUAACACUGAUGACGGCUUCAUGGCCGUUCGCUCAGUGGGGACUAGACAUUAUGGGACCUUUCCCUACAGCGGUACGACAACUGAAGUUCCUGGUAGUGGGUAUUGACUACUUUACAAAAUGGGUAGAAGCGGAAUCUUUGGCCACCAUUACGGAGAAGAACAUACAAAGUUUUGUCUGGAGGACGACGCCAAGGACCCCCACAGGAGAGACACCAUUUCGACUUACGUAUGGGAGCGAAGCAGUCAUCCCGGCCGAAGUUGGGCUCACGAGUUACAGGGUGCACAACCAUGACGAGAACAAGAAUGACGAGGCAAUACGGCUACAGCUGGACCUGGUAGACGAGAUUAGGUCUGCAGCGGAACAAAGGCUCGCUAGAUACCAGGACCACAUGGCCAAAUACUACAACUCUCGGGUUCGACACAGAGACUUCCAAGUUGGAGACCUCGUAGUCAGAAAGGUCAUGGGCACCGCUAGAGACCCUACACAAGGGAAGCUCGGCCCCAAUUGGGAAGGACCUUACUGA